UUUAUCAUCACGCCCGUGGUUGGCUGGAUAGGCGCAUGCGGGCUAGUAAAUCUGGUAUUCUCCUGUGAGAUGUUGAGAGCGCGGUUUUCUGCUCUCUUCUUCUUUACUACAUCAAAAUCUGUGGUCGCGAUUUGUUGGGUUUGUGCUGUGAUAUCUUGAGUUUUGAGUGAAGUGCGUCUCAGGGAAUUUGAACGUGAAGGAGGUUGAAGGCUCAUCCGAGCUGCUUUGGGUGAAUUGAAGGCGGCGGUUUCGGCAUCGAAGGCGACAAUGUCGAACAGCGAGUGGAAUGAUGCCGAGGCUAAUAAGCUCCCGGAAACGGUGAAGGGGUUGGAGGCCAAUGGGGGGAUUCCAAAGGAUACGAAGAGGAAGAGGAUUGUGGUUGUUGGGCUGGGGAUGGUGGGCAUUGCGUUCAUUGAGAAGCUCAUGAAAUACGAUGUCAAACGCCGCGAGUACGAUAUCAUUGUCAUCGGAGAGGAAGCGCAUCUGGCGUACAACCGCGUGGGCUUGACGAGCUUCUUCCAGCAUCGACAAGUUGAGAAUCUAUACUUGAAUCCGAAAGAAUGGUACUCAUCAAUGCCCGAAGGCUCGCUGAACUACCACCUCAAUACCCUCGUCACCGAGAUCGUGCAGGACGAAAAGGUUGUGAGGACCUCUGCCGGCGAUACCGUUCCCUAUGAUAUACUCGUACUAGCUACAGGCUCUGAUGCUUUGCUGCCUCGCCACACACCUGGUCACGAUGCCAAAGGCGUUUUUGUAUACCGCACCAUUGAGGACUUGCAAAAACUCAUUGAGUAUUCAGCGACUAGAAAGGGGACAACGGGUGCGGUGGUGGGUGGCGGCUUGCUCGGCCUGGAAGCCGCGAAAGCCAUGAUGGACCUGGAGGACUUCGGCCAGGUCAAACUCAUCGAGCGAAAUCGAUGGGUCUUGUCACGGCAGCUGGAUAGCGACGCUGGGGGUAUGGUGGUGGAGCAGGUUCAAGCGCUAGGGCUUGAUGUCCUGCUGAGCAAGCGGGUUGGAAAAAUUCUAACGGAUGACGACAAUUCUGUUUCGGGCGUGGUUUUUGAGGAUGGGGAGAAAAUGGACUGCUCAUGUGUAUGCUUUGCAAUUGGCAUCAAAGCUCGAGAUGCGCUUGCACGAAAAGCAGGCAUUAAAUGCGCAGACAGGGGCGGCGGUAUAGUCGUCAAGCCUGAUCUCUGCACUUCCGUUCCAGGCAUCUACGCCAUUGGGGAAUGCGCAAGCUGGGAGAAUCAGACAUUCGGCCUGAUCGCACCUGGUGUUGAAAUGGCGGAUGUCCUAGCUUUCAAUCUUACUCAAGCAAAAGCACAUGUCCCCCGGAAAUUCAAGCGUCCAGAUCUCAGCACGAAGCUUAAGCUUCUAGGGGUUGAAGUUGCGAGUUUCGGAGACUUCUUCGCUGACCGCGAUGGCCCGAAGCAAUUGCCUGUACGUGUCGCAAAAAAGGAGGGCAUUACUGAAAGCAGGACAAGUAUCAAGAAACUGACAGACGGUCCGGCGCCGCCGCCUGUGAAGGCCUUGACAUACAAAGAUCCGUUCCAGCAGAUCUACAAGAAAUAUCUUUUCACAAUGGACGGCAAGUACUUACUGGGUGGUAUGAUGAUUGGAGACACCAAAGACUACGUCAAACUGGUGCCAAUGGUCAAGAACCAAAAGCCGUUGGAGGUUCCACCAAGUGAGCUCAUCAUCGGCGCUCCCAAAGGCGAUGACGACGGUGAUGAUCUUGAUGACGAUACUCAGAUCUGCUCUUGUCAUAAUGUUUCCAAAGGCGACGUCGUCAAGUCUGUCAAGGAUGGUACCUGCAAGAGCAUAGGCGACGUCAAGUCUUGCACGAAGGCUGGUACAGGAUGUGGAGGCUGCAUGCCUCUCGUACAAACGAUCUUCAACAAGACCAUGACAUCGAUGGGCCAGGAAGUCAAGAAUCAUCUAUGCCCACAUUUCGAAUACUCCCGCGCUGAUCUUUUCAACAUCAUCUACGUCAAGAAGCUCCAGGAAUUCCAAGAUGUCAUGAAAGAAUGUGGCAAGCAUCCAGAAUCCACUGGAUGCGAAGCAUGCAAACCUGUCAUUGGAUCUAUCGUCUCUUCGUUGUUCAACAAACAUCUUCUGGACGAGUCUCGACGUGGCCUGCAAGAUACAAACGAUAGAUUCUUGGCUAACAUACAACGCAACGGCACCUUCUCCGUCAUCCCUCGUGUCCCUGGCGGUGAAAUAACACCGGAGAAACUCAUCAUCAUCGGCACUGUCGCAAAGAAGUAUGGCCUCUACACGAAGAUUACUGGGGGCCAGCGCAUCGACAUGUUUGGCGCCAAGAAGCAAGAUCUCAUCUCCAUCUGGACCGAGCUGGUUGAGGGUGGCAUGGAGAGCGGCCAUGCCUAUGCCAAAUCUCUUCGUACAGUCAAGAGCUGUGUGGGCACGACGUGGUGUCGUUUUGGCAUCGGUGACAGUGUCGGUAUGGCCGUCCGCCUGGAGGAGCGCUACAAGUCCAUCCGUGGUCCUCACAAGUUCAAGGGCGGUGUUUCGGGCUGCGUGCGCGAAUGUGCUGAAGCUCAAAACAAGGACUUUGGACUCAUUGCAACAGAGAAGGGCUUCAAUAUCUUUGUCGGUGGCAAUGGCGGCGCGAAACCACGGCAUUCAGAACUCCUGGCGAAGGACGUACCCCCGGACGAUAUCAUUCCUAUUCUAGACCGCUACCUCUCCUUCUACAUCCGCACAGCCGACAAGCUACAGCGCACAGCACGGUGGAUCGAGAACCUCCCCGGCGGGAUCAAGUACCUGCAAGAGGUGAUUCUCGAAGACAAACUCGGCAUCUGCAAAGACCUCGAGCAGCAAAUGGCCGACCUCGUCGGCUCCUACUUCUGCGAAUGGACUGAAGUUAUCAAAAACCCCGCCCGCCGCGCCCUCUUCUCCCAAUUCGCAAACACAUCCGACACCAUCGUCGACACCAUCGAGCCCACCGUCGAGCGCGGCCAACAGCGCCCCUCCUACUGGCCCAAGGACUCCGUCAAAGAAGACUUCCGCGGUACCAAAUGGACCGAGCUCUCCUGGCAGCCCAUCGUGCAAGCCUCGGAGUUCAAAGACACGCCGACUGGCGACUCUAAAGCUGUCAAGCGCGGCGAUACCCAACUCGCUGUCUUUAAGGUCCGUGGGACGUACUACUGCACGCAGCAAAUGUGUCCACACAAGCGCGCCUUCGUGCUCUCCGAUGGCCUCAUCGGCGACGACCGCGAGAAGAACAAGCUGUGGGUCAGCUGUCCGUACCACAAGCGCAACUACGAGCUCGGCGGCGCGGACGCGGGGAAGUGCGGCAACGACGACGAGGUCAAUAUCGCGACGUUCCCGGUUGAGGAGCGCGAGGAUGGGUGGGUGUAUGUUAAGCUGCCGCCCGUUGAAGAGCUGGAUGGCGUACUGGGGACGGAAAAGUGGAAGAUCAAAAAGAGCGAGACGGAUGAUCCGUACGUGGAGUUGGACAAGAAGCUGAAGGCGGUGGAGAUGAAGGGGAGGAAGAGCACGAAGGCGAGUCAUUUGGAGAGCGGGAAGGGGCAAGAGGGGGCCGCCGCGGCGAUUUUGGCGGGAGGUGAGAGAGGUGCUGGGGGCUUGGAUUGGUGAGGUGUUAGAUGCGGAAAGGUUGUGGAGAUGAUGCUUGCAUUUACAUGAGAUUUGCGUUAGGAUGCUGCAAAGUAGGCAAUAUUAUUGCAUAAGUCUUGUGGACAUAUAUUUCCUUCUAUCCUUAUAUUCUAUGUACAUUCUUCAAACUUUUGUUGAUCAUUUUGGGAUACUAUUGAUGAGACGGUCAUUUCCAUCCGCAUUUUGGAGGACCUAUUGAAAACCCCCAGCAGUCGCAGACACUGGAGCCAGUGUACGAAACCUCAGGAAAAGCGAUGGAGCUUGUCUCACGCGCAU